AUGUCUUCCUUCUUUCAAACCUCACUGGCAUCGAGUUUGUUGUUGCUGCUUCUUCUGGCGCUGCGCGUGCGAGAGGUCCAUACGACCGGGAGUUUGAUCGACGGUGCCCUUUAUCCCACCCCGCUGCCCACUUUCCAGUCCUCGGGCUCGGGUGAAGCCGAUUGGGACGACGAUCGCCCUGACCUGGCUGAUGAUGAUACCUCGGACUCAUCAGGGGCCGGAUCGGGGUCGGGUUGGAGUGAAAUGACUACCCACUCGACCAGCGGCUUCGCCUCCACUGGCAAUGGUGGCAGAACCACGACGUCUCCGUCUCCGUCAGCGUCGCGACCCACCUUGGUCCCGACACUGUCGCCAAGCACUCUCAGCCCGGUGCCCAGCACAAUUGAAGCCACGACGCGCUCACCUCAACGGAUCAGCUUCCGCUAUAUCCCUGAUCAGGCUCAGCUUUGGCUGCAGAUGAACCCGCCUGUCUUAUGGUCGUCAAUCAAUGCAAGCCGUCUGGCGUUGUUUGAUACGAUGUUUAUAGUCGACGCCUCGGAUGCUCGCAACGACCCCUCGUUGACACUGGAGCUGGCCUCGACAGCCACACCACCGGUUGCAGCAACGAUUCCGACCGCACCGGGCACAACAUCAGGGGAUAAAUCCGGUGCAUCCACCCUGGGCAUUGGAAUCGGAGUGGGCGUGGGUGGAGCCCUUCUCCUGGGACUAUUGUGUAGUUUUCUGAUGCUUCGGGCACGCCGCCGCCAGGGAUACUCGCGCUCUGACUUCAAUGCGGGCUACCAACGCUUUGAGAAGGAGUGGUUGACCGCCGUGCGCGGCGCUAUGGGGGCGUCACCGAAAAUGCCACCACGUGCGGCCUCCAUCAAAACAACUUUCAAUCCUCCCGCACUAGAUUCAGUGUCACCGCAAAUGAGCUCAACGCCCAUCAAGCCCGGCCCAUGGUUGGCCCCCCCACUCAUCACCCCUGAGGCUGGGCCUACCCUCAAGGCCCCGGCGCUCGCGCUGGCGCAAGCCGAUGAGGGAUAUGUUUGGGACAACUUUGUGCAGCCGGAUCUUGACGUGGUGGCCGUGCGCGAUCACGUGACUCGCAACCCCAAUCUUCUCUCCUUCCAUGCCGGGGAGCAGUUGCGUGUCACACAGCGCUCGCGCUAUGCUGGGUUUGUUUAUGCAACCAAUGCGGCCGGACACAGCGGGCUCGUGGCCCAACACUUUUUGGACCGCGAUAUCGGCGAUCUCCUCUCGUUUGACGUUCACGUUUAG